CAUCCGCAGUAGUUCUUCUUCGUCCGUCAUCGUUGUCCGUUCGCGUUUUCUGUAGUGUUGGUUACGGAUUCAUGUCUGCCUGCGUUUGGAAAUUUUCAUUCAGGAGAGUGAAAAAGUGAAGGCCCCCAUUCGAGCAGGUAGUGGUUCUUGGAAGAAGAAAAAAAUAUCGUUCUGUCGUCGUCGGCCCACAAUAAUUCCGGAUCGAUUCCGGGCGGAGAGAGUGCUAACGAGUUGUUGAAGAGGAUUAGUAGUGUACCUGGUGCGAUUCGGCCGAAAAAAGGGCUGGCUGGGGAUCUGCCCCGUGUGUGUUUUUUGGAUGGUGAAAAAGUGCCCCCUUGUGCUUAUGUGAUUGAUUCAAGCCAGCAGCAUCAGCCGAAGGAAUACAAAAUAGGGGAAAAUGGCCUGCGCUAGUGCUAGUGCUUCGACGACGGGCAACAGUAUGGAAGUGGUAGCGCCAACAAAUGUGUCCGUCGCCACCAGGCCAACCAGGUUCACGAUGGAGGGCGUUGGAUCUCGGGUCAUCCGCGGACCGGACUGGAAAUGGGGCAAACAGGAUGGCGGUGAAGGCCACGUUGGGACGGUGCGCAAUUUCGAGUCCCAAGAGGAGGUGGUCGUCGUUUGGGACAACGGCACCGCGGCCAACUAUCGAUGCGCGGGCGCAUACGAUCUUCGCAUCCUGGACAGUGCCCCGACCGGUAUCAAACACGAGGGCACCAUGUGCGACACUUGCCGACAGACGCCGAUAUUUGGCAUACGCUGGAAGUGUGCCGAGUGCAACAAUUACGAUCUGUGCUCGAUCUGCUAUCACGGAGAUAAGCAUCAUUUGAGGCAUCGGUUUCAUCGAAUUUCGACGCCGGGUGGCGAAAAAACGCUGCUGGAACCGCGACGCAAAUCGAAAAAGAUUGCAGUGCGGGGGAUCUUUCCUGGGGCACGAGUUGUCCGGGGAGUUGAUUGGCAGUGGGAAGAUCAGGACGGUGGUAAUGGCCGACGUGGAAAGGUCAAUGAAAUUCAGGACUGGUCUUCGGCUUCGCCACGUUCAGCUGCUUAUGUAGUGUGGGAUAAUGGAGCGAAGAAUUUGUACAGAGUGGGGUUUGAAGGUAUGGCUGAUUUGAAGGUGGUGAACGAUUCCAAGGGUAAUAACGUGUAUCGGGAUCAUUUACCUUUGUUGGGAGAGUUUGGGCCAGGUCGUGGACCGCAUAGUUUCCAGAUUGGGGAUCAGGUGACAGUGGAUUUGGAAAUCGAAAUUGUACAAUCGCUCCAGCAUGGUCAUGGCGGAUGGACGGAUGGGAUGUACGAAUGUUUGAACACCACUGGAACGGUGGUCGGGAUCGAUGAAGAUCAUGACAUUGUGGUGGCAUAUCCGAGCUCGCAUCGGUGGACGUUCAAUCCGACAGUGCUGACGAUUGUUUCAUCACCGGCUUCGAUGCUGAGCGAAAAUCAGCUGCAACAAUUUGCUGUGGGUGAUUUUGUGAAGAUUUGCAGUGAUUUGGAGAGGAUUAAGAUUUUACAACGAGGGCAUGGUGAAUGGGCUGAAGCUAUGGUUCCAACUCUAGGGAAAGUCGGGCGUGUGCAACAGGUUUACCACGAUAAUGAUCUGAAGGUUGAAGUGUGCAAUACUUCGUGGACCUACAAUCCGCUGGCGGUUACUAAAGCAUCUUCAUCGGAUGGAUCAACGGCUGUUACUACAAAUGGAGAACGACUGUCGGCAAUUUUGAAGAAGUUAUUUGAACCACACGCGUCUGGAGAUACGACCGAAGAAUUGGUGAAGGCAGCCGCCAAUGGUGAUGUUGCUAAGGUUGAAGAAUUCCUCUCCGGAUCUUCCGCACAAAAUGUUCCUUCGUCUUCCACCAGCUCCCAGGAUUCUUCCCAAGUAGUGAAAGUCGAUGUCAAUGGAGUCUUUGCCGGUCACACGGCUCUGCAAGCGGCCAGUCAGAAUGGUCACCUGGAAGUGAUCCAAGUUCUACUUCGGUACAAUGCGGACGUUGAAAUUGAAGAUAAGGACGGAGAUCGAGCUGUCCACCAUGCUGCGUUUGGCGAUGAACCAGGUGUCAUGGGAUUGCUGGCUAAAGCUGGAGCAGACCUGAAUGCCCGGAACAAGCGACGACAGACCGCAUUGCACAUUGCAGUCAACAAGGGGCAUUUCAAUGUCGUUAAAACUCUCCUUGAGCUAAGUUGUCAUCCAAGUCUUCAGGACUCGGAAGGUGACACACCUCUUCACGAUGCGAUUUCAAAAGAACACGAUAAUAUGCUGUCGCUGUUGCUGGAUUUCGGAGCGGAUAUUACCCUUACAAACAACAACGGGUUCAACGCAUUGCAUCAUGCCGCGCUAAAGGGCAAUCCCAGUGCCAUGAAGAUUCUGCUCACAAAAACCAACCGCUUGUGGAUCGUCGAAGAGAAGAAAGAAGAUGGCUACACCGCUUUACAUCUGGCAGCACUCAACAAUCACGUAGAGAUAGCGGAACUUCUAGUGAAGAUGGGCAAAGCAAACAUGGACUGUCAGAACGUCAAUCUGCAAACGGCACUACACCUGGCCGUCGAACGCCAGCACGUACAAAUAGUGAAGCUUCUCGUUCGCGAAGGUGCCAAUCUAAACAUUCCCGAUAAAGAUGGUGAUACGCCUCUGCACGAAGCUCUGAGACAUCACACUUUGUCUCAACUCCGCCAACUGCAGGAUGUCGAGGGAUUCGGAAAGAUUCUCAUGGGGUUGAGAAAUAACACCGAUAAGAAAGCGUCCGCGUCGAUUGCCUGUUUCUUGGCGGCCAACGGAGCCGAUCUGACUAUCAAAAAUCGGAAACUCCAAACUCCGUUGGAUCUUUGUCCGGAUCCAAAUCUCUGCAAGACCCUCAUCAAAUGCUACAACGAGCGCAAGACCGAUGACAUGGACAUGGCUGCCGCCGGGGGUACAGUUUUGCCCGGCUCAAACAUGUUGCGCAACGGAGCACCUGUGGCUGGUGCCGCAACUGCUCCGAGCUCCUCUUCUCUUGUAUCUGGUUCCACUCCGGGUAUCUCUUCUUCUGGCGUAGUUGAUGCCAAUCUAUUGAACGAUCUGAACAAGAUGUCCAUACAGCCGACGGUUGGUGGUCAGAAUAGCGUUGCGGGAAGCAAUGGAAGCCCUCUAGACGAGUGCCUCCUUUGUUCGGACCAGAAACGGGACACAGUAUUCAAACCGUGUGGACAUGUCGUGUGCUGUGACAAUUGCGGUCCCCGGAUUAAGAAGUGUUUGAUUUGUCGGGAAGCGGUUUCGGAACGGGAAAAGAUUGGCGAAUGCUUAGUUUGUUCGGAUAGGAAAGCUUCGGUAUUUUUCAAACCAUGCGGCCACAUGGUUGCUUGCGACAAUUGUGCACAGAUAAUGAAGAAGUGCGUCCAGUGCAGGGUUCAACUGGAACAAAAGGUGCCACUGUCGGUGUGCAGCGGUGGCCCUGGAAAUGUGGUCACUGUUCAAUAUCAACGCGACGAGAAAAAAGAAGUCAACCAAACCGUUUUACAGGGCAUCAACAAGAGUGGCCAUGGCGUUGCCAUGAACAAUACAAUGUCUCCGAAUGUCAGCGUUGUUAGUGGUACCCCAACAUCACUUACCACGAUGAACAACAUUGGCACAGGAAACGUCGCUCCAAACAAUCUGAAUUUGGCCGACGACGUCCAGAAACUGCAACAGCAACUUCAGGACAUCAAGGAACAGACGAUGUGCCCAGUCUGUUUCGAUCGCAUGAAGAACAUGGUGUUCAUGUGUGGCCAUGGAACGUGCCAGAUGUGUGGCGAUCAAAUCGAGGGCUGUCCGAUCUGUCGCAAAACGGUGGAGAAGCGAAUUUUAAUGUUUUAACUUGAUAGAUGUUAUGCAAUUCAUUCUCCUACAAGUAGUCGCAAGAUUAAAUCCCUACUUGGCCUAGGAGGCAUUCUACGAAAAUCAAAAUCAAUUUCCUAAAUGUACGUUAUGAAUAGGUUUUUAAAUUUCUGUCAAUCCUCAAUCAAAAGCUAUUACGAUUAAUAGUCGAAACAAUUUAUUAUAGUUAGAUGUUGAGAUUGUUUCCUUUUUCUUCGGUUUCAACAUUAAAAUUUAUUUAAACAUUUAUUUUGGCGCACAUAAUUAUUCUUAUGACGAAUUUUAAACAUUACUCUGUGCAAGUGUGGAUGAAUAAUUCAAUUGCUCGAAAUGUUUUCAUCAAUUUGAACAAAGUUAAGCUGUCUAGAAUUACAUGAGCUUGCAAACAUUUGAACCGAAACAAUCUGAAAAGUUGCAUUAUACACACAGAUAGAACACAAUUAUUGUGCAUAAUAUAUCUAGAUACAAAAUUAUACAAAAUUUAUACUAUACAAGCUACAAAAAUAAAACCAGAUUCUUAUUAGCCCAGUACUACACGCUCAGAAACAUAUACGCACUGAAGUUUUACGUAGAUGAAACGUUAUAAGUGAUACAACGAAGGAUUAAGCUUCCUCCAAGUGAAAAAGAAGCGAAUUCAGUGCGGAUAUGUUUCUGAGAUUGUCUAAAAAGAAUUCAGUCAACAAUCAGAAAACGAUAAUAUAAAAACCCAGCAUUGCACAUAAUCAAUUUAUUACACUUCUAUUUCGAUUAAUGCAAAAUAAAAUCUUAAA